AUGUACAACAGCAGUCCCAAUACUCUGCUGCGGCAGAAGACCCAAGCAAGAAUUUCCAGAUCCAAACUCUCCGAUACACAAGCGAACCUGGACAGACGCACAGUCAUGUCCGCGGGUGGGAACGUCGCUACACCCAGCAGCCCGGCAUCAAUGUAUCAAUGUACGGAUGAGUGGGUCUUGGCUGCUUCGAUAGAGCUCUCUGCUACCAGGCAUAGUGACUCCGGAAUGCCCUACAAGCCCCAUCGCCUCGGUGUGCUUGUACAUGCGUGUAUGCGAUCUGUGGCAUUCCUGCAUCCGGAUCGCCCAGAUGCGGCUCUCCAUUGUGCGGCGCGGCAGAAGCCAAUUGUGGCCAGGAUGGGGCUGAGCGAAUGGAGAACAAAAGCCUGCUGA